AUGUCUCUUUCGCUAGGCUUAGUACCCAGUCAAUGGAAGCGCGCCAAUAUCACCCCCGUCUUUAAAAAAGAAGAUCCAACACUGUCAUCCAACUACCGACCAAUUUCUCUUCUCUGCGUGCUGCCCAAUGUCCUGGAACGUUGUGUUCAUUUUCAUUCCUAUCACCAUCUAGCACCUCUCAUCUAUGAGAUGCAACACGGUUUCGUUAGGGGCAAAUCUACAACAACACAACUGUUGGAGGUAUAUCAUGACAUCUUGGAAUCUGUGGCUAGUGGCAAGGAAGUUGAUGCCAUUUACCUAGAUUUAUCGAAAGCAUUUGAUAAAGUACCUCACAGUCUGCUCUUGCAUAAACUCGAGAAUUAUGGGAUUGGAGGUUCUCUCCUCUCAUGGUUCCAAAGUUAUUUAACAAAUAGACAACAACGAGUCGUUCUUCAUGGCGUCUGUUCCGACUGGCUUCCGGUUACGUCUGGUGUGCCACAAGGCUCUAUACUUAGUCCGUUACUAUUUCUG